AUGGGUUCUGGAGCUGAGAAGGGUCAGAAGGUUAACUUCGUCAACUUAGUUGCCAAUGUUAUCAUUGAGGCUAUUAUAAAAAUAGAGCAAGACAUGAAGGCCGCCGAGAAUGCCUCCACCAAUGCUACCUCCACUGAACAGCCGUCGCUGAUAGGAACGCUAGCUAACAUAUUCACGAAAGUCAUCAAAGAGUCUGUGAAAGUGGAAGAGGUGAACUACUGCGAGGGAGUGACAUGCCAUAACGGUGGGACGUGUAAAAAUCUGGCUAAACAAUACCGCUGUGAUUGUGUCCCUGGGUAUGAUCCUGACGACGACUGCCUAUCAGAUAUCGAUGACUGUGCACGUCUGAAACCAUGCAAAAAUGGCGGGGCAUGUGAAGACCUGCUUAAUAGCUACCGCUGUGACUGUAAGAGUGGUUACAGUGGGAAAACGUGUGAAGUGGAACCUACCCCAAAACCCACUCAGGCAACAACGACAACAACAACAUCAAUGCCCAUAAAUGGAACUGACGGCCCAGGUCAAAUAGAUGGACAAGACAAAAAAACGCCAGGGUCAAAUGUUGAACCAAAGGGAGAAACACCAGGUAUUUUGGUAACCCAGCACAUCAAGCUUGAUGCUGGAACAAAUGUAUCUCAAAGCUGCCUUGGAUCAUUGGAGGAAGGUGUAAAAAUGUGGUUUGCCACCAAUGACAUGAGCCAAAACCUGACACAGUUGUCACAGUACGUGUGUGAGGGAGAACUGUCUACUCACAGCAUGGUCACUGGAGUGUAUGUAAUGGCAGAAGGCAAUUAUGUCAACAUGGUAUUGAAGAUGAAAAUGAGGUUGUAUGCCGAGGAUGAUGACACGACACUUCUGGCACACCAUGUUGAACGCUGUGGCCAAAACAUGUUAGAGUAUUUCAGAAGGGAAGCAAUGUCCAAUAUGUCUAUAGCUGCAUGGGAGAUGGAGGCUACAAAAGAUUGCCCUGCUAUGAACUUAGUAGAUGCAACAUACGAACCUGGCAAGUUGGCUUGUGGUUAUGGGGAAGCUGUAUCCGAAAUGACAGGCUUAUGUAUGCCCGCGCCCUCCAAUAUAGUGGUGCUGUGGUUUAAUGCAAGCAGUGCCAGGAACACUUCUAUAUCUGAAGAGUGCAGUAUGUCGUAUGGUUCAAUUAUGAGCAUGCGCAUUGAAGAGCAUGCCAAGGCUAUAAAUCACUUGCUGAUGGUGACCUGCUACUCUGAUGAAAUGGUAAUUACGGGGGUACCAGGAUGGCCGCUUGUUCACCUCGAGACUUCUGGGAACAUGGCAAAGAUUAUUGUUUCUGGCAUUGUGCUUCAAAAUGGAACUGUUUCUGAUGAUGAUUACAAUGGUUGCUUGGAAAAGUUUGCCAAUGCAUUUCAAAUGAAUAUCUCGGAGGAAAAUCUUAUUGCAGGUAUGAAUAAUGCAACAGCUGGACAGUGUGCAGAUCUUCAGCUUUCUGGUAGAUCACAAUACUACCCCGGUUUGAAAAAUUGCACCACCCCUAACUACGUUUACAAUGAAGUUUCUGGUAGCUGUGACUGGGAAGCUGCAGAAGAUUCUGGUUCUGGUUCUGGUUCAGGAUCUGGGUCUGGUUCAGGAUCUGGGUCUGGGUCAGGAUCUGGUUCAGGAUCUGGUUCUGGUUCAGGAUCUGGACCUGGACCUGGGUCAGGAUCUGGGUCUGGUUCAGAAUCUGGGUCAGGAUCUGGGUCUGGGUCAGGAUCUGGUUCAGGAUUUGGUUCUGGUUAGAUCUGGUUCUGGUUAAGGAUCGUGAUUUCUGUCCGAAUGUUAAUAUCAUGAUCUUUGAAUUAUUAUAAAUUAUAUUCCUGUGUAUAUCAGCAUUAAAAUGUUACAGUCUCACAGUCAUCAGAAUGGAAAUGGUGACUUUGAUCACAAGCUUACAGUGUUUUCUGAAAAAUAUUGAAAUCUAUGGCAUGAUUUAUGGACCAAGGAUACUGACUUUCUUAGUGAACACAUUUUACUGAAUUGGUACGUUAUAAGUCAAAUAUGUAGACUAGAGGCUACUAAUCACUUCGUUAUCUACAGGGAGAGGAUGAUUGAUACAUCUAGACUGCUGUCACUUUCUGUUUAAUUAAAUUUUAUUAAGGGGUGACAGUAUUUAUUGUAAUGUAAAACCAUUAGCAGGUGAGCAAGAAAAGAUAUAACAGUUGUAAAUGUGGGAAUUAUGGGACCAAAAGUUAAAAAAUUGUAUUCUUUCAAACAGUGAUCUUUGAGGUGCAUUGAAACCUUGGCUCUUCUUAUUACCCUGUAUAUGUAUUAUUUAUUUUUAUUUUCACAUUGUUGGUUUAUUGAACAAUAUGCCAUUUUCAUUUAGUCGCUGUAAAGGAUAUUGUAUGAAAUACCCAUAUGUUAUAUAGGAAGAACAGACAAAAAGACGAAUAAAAUGAUAUUCGCUAAUUGAUAUAAUUUUAAAACAUAGCAGAAUAGAGGGUAUUUUAUACUCAGUUUGCUUCAAAGAACUAUGCAAUAAGUAUUUAACCAAGAAAUAUUUGAUAAGCUGUCAUAUGAAUGGAAAUAAA